UUAAAACGAAAGUGUUUCGGAAGAGAGUUGAAAAGAAAAAAAAAAAAAUAGAGAGAGGAAGAGAGAUUGUUGCGAUUAGUAAUAUCUUAAUAAUAAAAAUUUGUUCUUUCCUCACCGCGAUGAGCGUCCAAUUAGAAGCCUAAAUCCAACUUUUGCAGACUCACCAACAACCCAUCUCAUCAAAGAUUUCUUGUUUUGUCGGAAUCGGGUUUCGGUUCACAAGAAACAGAGAGAGCGAUGUGGGAAUCCAUAUUUUUAACGUUAGCUGCAACCGCCGGUAAUAAUAUUGGAAAAGUUCUCCAGAAGAAGGGCACCGUCAUUCUUCCUCCCAUCUCUUUCAAGCUCAAGGUGAUAAGGGCUUAUUUGGUUAAUAAAGCAUGGUUGAUUGGUUUUUUGUUGGACAUAGUUGGAGCUAUCCUUAUGUUGAGGGCAUUAUCUCAAGCUCCUGUGUCUGUUAUUCAACCAGUUUCUGGAUGUGGGCUUGCCAUUCUCUCUAUUUUUUCCCAUUUUUACCUGAAGGAGGUUAUGAAUGCUAUUGACUGGAUGGGAAUUACUUUGGCAGGCAUUGGCACCAUAGGAGUUGGUGCUGGUGGUGAGGAGCAAGAGGCUUCUUCAAUAUCCAUUUUUCAGUUACCGUGGCUAGCUUUCAUCAUUUCCCUAUUGUUUGUAGUCCUUAAUGGGUGGCUUCGUAUUUUUAAACGUCAGCGAAGAGAGCAAGAGAUGAUGGAUUUUGAAGUUGUUGAAGAAAUUAUAUAUGGUCUGGAAUCUGGCAUUUUGUUUGGGAUGGCAUCUGUUAUAUCAAAGAUGGGAUUCAUCUUCUUGGAGCAGGGCUUCCCCAGUAUUCUAGUUCCUGUAUGCAUUUCUAUCAGCAUAUGUUGUAGUGGUACUGGAUUUUACUACCAGACUCGGGGUCUAAAGCAUGGAAGGGCCAUUGUAGUUUCUACAUGUGCUGCUGUCUCAUCAAUUAUUACUGGUGUACUUGCUGGUAUGCUUGCUUUGGGUGAACGAUUGCCUUCAGCACCAACUGCUCGUCUUUCACUUCUGCUUGGAUGGCUACUUAUCAUGGUAGGUGUGAUUUUACUUGUAAGUUCCUCACGGCUUAUGUGUCACCUUCCCCAACCACUGCAACAAGUUCUGCAGAGUGGGGUAGAUAGAAACUUCACUCCUAGGCGAUCUCUGUCUCAGCGUGCCAAGGAUCCAAGCCCCAGUGCUGUUAUACAGGCAUCAACCUUGCAUAAUCUGAUAUCAUCUUCAGCAAAGGCGAAAGCUUGACCACAAAAUGGCUAGAAUAUCGCUACAAAUGCUUAUAUACGAAUUUUCUGGUUAGCUCGCUUUCAUGCUCUACAAAGAAGCAGAUGGCUUUUCUUGAACCCAAGGUGUACAGUAACUGUCUACUUUUUUGUUUAUCAAAGGGCAUGACAGGUCUUUUAUCAUUCCUACAAUGCGAUGUCUUGAAGCAUGUUUUGUGAAAUCUCAUCACCCUUCUUCUACCCAGCUGUUUCUUUAAGUCUAAAUCAUUUGUAAUGACUGUACUUUGUGAUGUUUUUUGUGACUGUAAACAAGAUUGGAAUUUUUGGGUGAAAGGUUGAGGCAGAAUGUUUUAUUCUUUUUUCUGGGGGAAAUAAGAAGUUACAGCUUUCAUGGUCUUA